GGUGUGGAUUGGAUCCCGUUUCACCUAAUUGUUUUAUGGACCAACCCAAAACAAGUGGCUACGAGUUGGGCCGCUUGAUGAUGGCGAUGGGUCUUCUUCAACAAAAAAAACUACUAGUAUUAUAAAUAAAUAAACAGGAAAAAGGAAAAAAGGAAAAAGGGAAAGAAGGAAUAAGCAGUUGAAGUGAAAUGUUAUAAAGUAGGGCUCAAAGUGAGGUAUAAACAGGUGAAGCUCAUGUCAUAUCCCCAGCCCAACCAAAUGAAAUCAGAGAAAGAAUGACUUUGUCAAAUGAUGACGUGACCAUCAUCCAUUCAUCCCCAUUCCAACUACAUCAUCAACACUUACUAAUCUACCAAACUCAUCGGAGAAUUCUCUUCUUUUAUUCUUUUUUCUUUCAACAUAAAGACACUUCUUCUUCUUCUAAUUUUUACAAAUUUUUCUCAAUUUUCCAUCUGGGUCUUUUUUUUUUUUAAGGGCAUGUUGUGGGUAUCACUUGUAAUGGGGGAAUCAUGAAUCAAUUGUGAGAUUCUUCGACUGGUGGGUAUUGGUUAUAUACAUUAAAAAACGUGAUAAAUUGAUCAUCAAUAGGAAAAAAUAAUUAAUAAUAAUUAUUUAAAAAUGGGGAAUGUGAAUGUUAGAGAAGAUGGGAGUAGCAGCCAAUCAGGAAUUGAAGAAGAAAAAGAAGAAGAAGAAGAAGAAGCAGGUAACAGUGUAAACGAAGCUAUGGCUGCACCCAUGGGUCACUCACCUCCUCACAGCCCCACGGCCACCCACUCUCCUCUCAUGUUUACCCCUCAGGCUCCUGUUGUUCCCUUACAAAGACGUGAUGAGAUACACACACCAAGCCAACCAUGGUUACAGGCUGCAAUAGGAUAUGAGGAUGGGUGCACUGAGAUGGGUAUUCCAACAAUGAUUACAUGGGGCCAUGGCGGCAAAGAAGUAGCUGUUGAGGGAUCAUGGGAUAAUUGGAAGACAAGAAUUCCUUUGCAGAGAUGUGGAAAAGACUUCACUAUUAUGAAAGUGUUACCAUCAGGUGUUUAUCAGUAUAGGUUCAUUGUUGAUGGACGAUGGAGGUAUGUUCCUGACUUGCCAUGGGCACAAGAUGACGUGGGCAAUGCUAACAACAUUUUGGACUUGCAGGAUUAUGUUCCAGAAGAUCUCGAAAGUAUAUCUAGCUUUGAACCUCCUCAGUCCCCAGAGUCGAGCUAUAAUAACUUGCCACUUGGAGCUGAAGAUUUUGCUAAGGAGCCACCACUAGUUUCUUCACACCUACAAGUGCCACUGCAUAAUCAGCGUGCAUCUCACAUGGAGAUUCCACCUCCUCUGUCAAGACCUAAGCAUGUAAUUCUUAACCAUCUCUAUAUUCAGAAGGAAAAGAGUGGCCAACCUGUGGUGGCACUUGGUUCAACUAAUCGAUUUUUGGCCAAGUAUGUGACCGUGGUACUCUACAAGCAUGUGCAGCUGUAGUACUAAAUGGUGACUAUGUGGACCUAGUUGUCUCCAAUGAUCAUGCGUGGUUGAUAUUAUUAUCACAGUGUGGAUGCUGUGCGGAUUAUUUUAAGUAGCUUAGGAAGGAGUCAGUGACCAUAUGAAAUUUUAAAGAUAAUGUUGUUACCUAAAGAAAUAUUUGGUGACCAUUGAUCCGUUAGUAGAUAUUCUUCUUCUUGUUGCGCAAAGUUGAGUGAUGUUUUUUUUUUUUUAUUCCAUGCUAAAGUGUUCCCGAAUUAAUUCGUUUGGUCCCAAGAAAUUGAAACGGGGAAGAGAAAUUCCCAUCAGCUUUGUGUAAGUGCGAUCGGCCAUACUCCAUUCGCUCAUAACUGAGGUGCCUCAUAAAUGUGAAAUGGACCCUGAUCAAACAUAAAAUUGAUUCAUAUCUGAAUG